AUGUAUAAUGUAUAUUAUUUUAAGAGAUUCAAUGUAUUUUGUUUUCAACAUUCCAGUCCUCACAAGGAACCUGUUAUUAGAAUAUCUCCAUUGAUGAAUCCAUCAAGAUACAUUGUAGUUAGUAAGGAAGGAGUAAUAUCCCUUUGGGCACAGAACAUGAAGCCAUUAAGAACUGUACAGGUCCAAACUGAUCAAGAUGAAGUAAAACAAAGAGAUCUGUGGGUGACAGACUUUAUACCAAUGCAAAAUAUUUACAAACUGGCACUUGCUCUUACAAGUAAAGAAAUUGCCAUUUAUGACUUAAGUUCCAAAUCAGAAUUCAACUGCCAGUUCAGAAUACAAGGCCUGGAACAUACACCUUUGUGUAUGGAUUACUGGAGUAACCCAUACAAAACGAAUGAAGCAAUUCUUGUUUAUGGAGAUGUUCAUGGCCAGGUUAAUGCACUGCUGUUUUCAGCAGCGACAAUGGCUUUGUUUGAUCGACCAUCACAACCAGCAGGAAGUAAACAAGAUGUUUGUUUGAAUGUGAAUAUUAAUGAUGUAAAUAGAGGUUACUACAAGAAUGCAAGAUUUGUGAAGCAUCAAGGACACACAGAGUGGGCAAGACAAGUGAUGUACUCAGCUCAUUUGGACUGCUUCAUAUCAUGUGCCACCAACUACAAGAACUCUCUAGUGCUUGGAUGGAUAGAAAAAUCCAAAAUGAAUAUGAGAACAACACAGUUUAAGAUCCCUCAAGGUGUGAAUGCAUUUGACUACAGCGAAAGAAUCAACUUGAUUGCCACAGCAGGAGUCAAUCAUCAUGUGUGCCUAUGGAAUCCUUAUGUCAUCUCCAAACCAGUUGGGGUUCUCAGAGGUCAUAUGCAAAGUGUUAUUUCAGUGAGAUUCAUUGAGACAAGAGGCCAGCUCAUCAGCUUGUCAAAAGACAAAGUUCUCCGGAUCUGGGACACCCACCUUCAAGUUUGUCUUCAGCGGCUAUCAGGAAUGUUUCCCAAAGGUCCAUCAGAAGUGUCUAUCACAAUGUAUUAUGAUGAAGAACACAGCAAACUAUUCACAGCUUUUAAUCAGCAGCUGACCCUGAUGGUGAUGAAGCCUGAAGUUAAAGACAGAAUCAUGAGCCAUGAACAUCCAGUCACUGCUGCCAUUUACAACAGCAAGUUUAACCAGGUUGUCAGUGCAUGUACAGGAUCUGUUAUCACCAUGUGGAUGAUAGAAACUGGACAGAAAGUCAAACAAUUUGCCAAUGCACAUGGCAACUCAGAAAUUACCACCUUGGCUCAGGAUGCUACAGAGACCAGACUUUUCACAGCAAGUGCUGAUGGUACAGUUAAGAUCUGGGAUUUCAAUGGCCAUUGUCACCAUAUUUUAAUGGCUGGGAAUGGAGAUCCAGCAGAGAUCAGUCAAGUGCUUUGUUUAAAGAGGAUCAUUAUUGUGGUUGGGUGGGACAGGACCAUCUCUGUCUUCAGAGACAAUCAGCUGAACUCUUUCUAUGUCUACCCCUCAGAGUGGAAAGGAAGACUGGAACACCAAGAUGAUGUUUUGUCCGAAGCGUUUUGUGCUCCAACAACACUGGCCACAGCAAGCUAUGAUGGUGAAAUUGUACUCUGGAAUUUGAAUUCAGAGCAAGCUUUCAGACAUCUUUCUACGCACACUAAAAGGAAAACUACUCGGUCUUCCAGAAGAGCGAGAAAAACGAUGGACCUUACCAGUCCUCUUCAGCGAUCAGUGGAAGCAGAGACGUCAUUAAAGCCGCCUCUAACACAGAAUCGUUUAACCUCAGCGACUUCUGUAACGUCUGAGCGGCCACCGAGCGAGCAGGAUGACUUUGGUUAUGCUGUCACUAAACUCAUAUUCCUCAAUGAAAGACCGAUGUCUGCGUCAAGUGUUGGAGCAAAUUUAGUGUCGUGUAACGCUAGUGGCUGGGUCCGAUUUUGGAAUACACAUAAGUCGUUGUGUGUCGGCCAGUUUUUAGCUCAUGAAAACGCUGGAUUUCUGACGAUGACUGUGGAUGAAACAAACUCUUACUUGGUAACUGGUGACGCAGAUGGAGUCAUUAAAGUUUGGGACAUAUCAGAGUAUUGUAUCGCUUCUGUGACUGAGAAUGACAGCACACCACCCCUCCUCAAACAGUUCCAACCUCACACGGACACCAUCAACAGCAUCCAACUAUUUACUCGCUCAGAGAGACUGCUGGUGCUUACAGCGUCCAGUGACUGCGCUGUUGCAUUGUGGGAUGUGGAAGGUCGCCAUAUUGGAAUAUUCGGGCAGGAAGAACAUUGGAAGAUUGAGCCCAUCUCCAUAGAAGAACGAGAAGCUGAGCAAGCAAAACAGGCUGAACAGGCGGAAUCCGAUAACACCGACAAAGACGAGCCAGCUGAAGAGGAAGGCAAAACAGAUGAUGUACAACUUUUCGCUGAUGAAGGCUUCGACGCAGAGUUUAGAGUUUCUACUUGGGAACAAACCAUAUUAGGUAAGGCCUAUCAGGAGAAGAGAAUCGAUAAACGAGAAAGACGACAGCCUCAAGUCAUCCCUGAUCUUCCAUAUCUGAACUGGGAGAAGACAGGACAGGCUCCAGCCGGACCCUAUGCGUCUUUAGAGACGUCAGACCUUCAGGAUGUUGGUGUCAUUCAUAAGCCAGACUUUGUUGCUCAUCCAGAAAAGUAUUUCAGUGAAAGCUCAGCUGGGAAACGUCAAAGCGCAGAUACCACUGUACCUACAUUACCAAGUGUUACUGACAACCUUCAAAUGCGUUACGACGAAAGAAGCCUUUUUCCGAAAUUCAUCUUGGAAAUGGAAGCCAAAAUGAAGGCUACGCAUGCGCUGGGAAUGCGUGUGUCUCGUGGUGCACGUGCUCGUGGUGAUACUUUGCAGGCAAGAUCACGAGGUUCGCACGAGGUUCCUCAAGCAAAUAACAAGAAAAUGACGAGCUGGAAAGUACUGCUUACCAGUAAAGGCAAGGAUUUGUAACAGCAGAAAUACAAGCGAGGCUAGGCUCCGUGCAUGAGAAGAUCUUGAGAGGAAACCCUCCGCUACCCCUUCUGGCCAGAACAAGAACUGAGAAUUGAGAGUAUUAAUAAGAAUACUUAAGUUCUAUCAAUUGUAUCACGAUGUAGUGACUAAGGAUGCAGAUGGAAAAGUUUCGACUGCAUACAACUUUCUGCAAGCCGUUAGAGAACGGAGGGUUGUUUCUAAAAUUGUAAAUAAGUAAAUGUUCAAUUUGUAUUUAUAAAUCCGAUGUUUUAUUUCGUGGA